GCAGCUUCAACUGUUUCUGAGUCAGCUCCCUCGUUACAAACAGGAACUUACCGCCACCAAACUGAGCUGAACGCUGUUUUAAAACUGACCCCAGAUCAGCGGUUUGGCAUCCGGGUUCCUCUUGUGACAGUCAGCUGAGUUCAGAUAGGAUAUUGGAAAAGCUUCGAGCUCUCCUGUCUGACAACAAGAAGCACACUCAUAGUGAUUGUAAACUGGCAGACAUGGCCACAAACCCACCCAAGUUAAAGACUGUGAUUUCUGGCAAUGAGAGGCUGCAAAACCUGAAAAAUACUUUCGAGACAAAGUAUGGAGAAGCUCCUCUCUUCUAUGCGUAUGCACCUGGAAGGGUAAAUCUAAUAGGAGAGCAUAUUGAUUACUGUGGCUAUUCUGUUCUUCCGAUGGCCAUUGAACCGAAUAUCCUCGCAGCCGUCUCGGUUAACAGUUCAGGGACAAUCACUCUGGCCAACACAAAUCCUCAAUACAAGGAUUUCACUGUGUCGUGUUCAGAGGACAUCGCCAUUGACAGAGAGAAUCCAAAGUGGUUUUAUUAUUUUCUCUGUGGAGUUAAAGGUAUUCAGGAGAACUUUGGGAUUGCUCCUUUAGCAGGGAUGUCGUGUGUCGUAGAUGGAACCAUUCCUCCGAGCUCUGGCCUGUCCAGUUCUAGUGCCUUAGUUUGUUGUGCCGGGCUUGUAACAAUGGAGGCAAAUCAGAAGUCCCUAUCCAAGGUGGCGCUGGCUGAGAUAUGUGCCAAAUGUGAGCGCUACAUUGGCACAGAGGGAGGGGGCAUGGACCAGUCCAUCUCAUUCUUGGCAGAGAGAGGAACUGCAAAGCUGAUAGAGUUCCAGCCUCUGAGGGCCACCGAUGUCAAGCUCCCUGAUGGGGCCGUGUUUGUGAUCUCCAACUGCUGCGUGGAGAUGAACAAAGCUGCUUCUUCUCACUUCAACAUCCGUGUGGUGGAGUGUCGGAUCGCCACAAAGAUGCUGGCUCAGGCCCGGGGUCUAGACUCGAGCAGGCUGUUGAAGCUGGCCCAGGUUCAGACGGAGCUGAAGGCCUCCCUGGAGGAGAUGCUGGCUCUGGUGGACGAGGCGUUGCAUCCUGAGCCGUACAGCCGAGAGGAGAUCUGCAAGACGCUGGGCAUCACCUCUGAGCAGUUUUCCACAGACCUGCUGAGCGCUAACACUCAGCAUGAGACGCAUUUCAAGCUGCACCAGCGAGCCAAGCAUGUGUACAGUGAAGCUGCGCGGGUGCUGCGGUUUAAGAGCGUGUGCGACUCUGAACCUGCCGGAUCCAUACAGCUACUGGGAGACCUGAUGAACCAGAGCCAUGCAAGCUGCAGAGAUCUGUAUGAGUGCAGCUGCUGUGAACUGGAUCAACUGGUGGACAUCUGUCUGAAGUCGGGGGCUGUGGGCUCCCGGCUGACAGGAGCAGGUUGGGGCGGCUGUGCUGUCUCCAUGGUUCCUGAGGAGAAGGUGGAGUCUUUCUUACAAGCAGUGAGGGAGUCCUACUACCUUCCUGAUCCACGCAGAGCAGCGAUGGAAAAACAGAGUUUGUUUGUGUCAAAGCCGGGAGGAGGAGCUGCAGUUUUCCUUGAGGAGUGAAAUACAUCAUACAUGUCUGUUUAUACAGCUAUGAUUCAAUUUAAAAUACACUGCUGCAGGGAAAUAAAUGAUAUUUUCUUACACUUGAGACAGGAAGCACUUGCAAAUUGCAAAAAUUUUACCUCUCUAUCUUUACUGAUUAUUCUUCUAUUCAUUAACAGUGGUGAAACAUUUCUUACAAAGGGAUCAUGCUUUUUGUGUUAAAACAUGUUUGUUUUUUUUAAUCAUGAAUGUUAGGGUUUUUAUUAUAUUGAUUUUUGUAGACAAUUCACUGUCUCACUGUUCGCCUCAGAAAAGAAAAGAAGACAAAUAAAAUAUCAAUCAUGUUUAA